CGCGGAUUUAUCUGGUAAAGCACAAACUAGAUUACGCUUACUGUUUGAACUGCCAUCAUUACUCUUAAAACUCUGAAUAGUGGUGAACAUUUGUGAACAACUUAUAUUUCGUGUUUACAUUUUCCUUUUACACGUGAACAGAGCUUCCCCUUAUGUCGCUGAUUACGUCAGUCUAACGUGUUACGUGAGGGUUUUCACCCUUGGUUACAUCACGUCCCCGGCUUUUACUUCCUGUAGAUACUGUGUGAGAGAUCCGUGGAUUCAAAGACGUUACAAAACUCAGCGAUACCAUUCGGAACAAUUCUUUACAGAGUUUUCAACAGCAAACUACUCCUUCCAUACAAACAGGAUGUCUGUCUACGAGGACAAUGAGUCUAAGUUGUUAAAAAAAGCAAAGGAGAAUCCUUUUGUUCCAGUGGGAAUAGCUGGAUUCUUUGCAAUUGUUGGAUACAGAUUGAUGAAGAUGAAGAGUAGGGGAGACACAAAAAUGUCUGUGCAUCUAAUCCAUAUGCGUGUGGCAGCUCAGGGUUUUGUAGUUGGAGCCAUGACUGUUGGUGUGAUUUACAAAAUGUACCAAGAUUAUGUGGUAAAGCCAAGAGAACAACAAAAGGCAAUAGAAAAAAAGUAAACCCAUCCUCUAUCCAAAGUCCACAAUGAUAAAGUGUGUAUUAUUUUAUCUAUCAAUGUGUUUUAUGUUUUGUAUUGCACGCAUCCUUUCAGCAGCUCACCUUAACUGUAAAUAGUUAUAAUGUAUUCAUUUUACUUCCACCAGGUGUUACCACUGUAUCAACUGCAUAUAUACAUACCAUAUGCUUUAACACUGAACACUCACAUUGUGUGACUAUGUAAAGCUGACGGGUGUGAAGUCUGUGUACGCGGGUGACACAAGUUUUACUGCCUCUUAUUGGAAUUUUGAGAGUGGAAGAUAGAAAGUUUUUAAUGUAGCAAAUUAAAAUAUUGUAUGAAUAAACUUGGACUUGAUUGUAAGUCAACAACCUUGUUUAAUUUUACACGUAAAUACUGUAGUUGAAUUUGUAUUGAUUUAGGGGUGUUGUGCCAAACAAAAUGCUCAGAUCAUAUUCUACAUAGCUUCACUCACUGGGCUUCCCUGUGCAUUUAAGCAUCACAAGUAAGGGUUCUAUAACACAGAGAUAGGAACAGAACUGUCAGAUGAAGAGACAUCAUUUAAAAAGCAACAUUUCAAUAGUGACAAUGACUUUUGUAACAAAACUUAAACCACAUAAGGAAAUGGAAUAAUAUAACAUUAGUGUCUUUGUUGGUUUUUAUGCCAGUUGAUAGUCAUUUUUGUGAUCAUUUUUGCUGCGAUUCAUAGUGGGCUAUUAUUUUGCUUGCCUUUAUAAGACACAGUGUUAAAAACAACAACAACUGAGGUUUAAACCUGCAGUCCCUGUAUAAUUAUUUUUGAUAUCCUCAGAAACAUGCCUUUGUAAGUUGUACACAUUUUGAAUGUGUGUAUAAAUACAAAUAUAAUUAUUUAUUAGUAUUUGCUUUAUUAUUUUUAUGAAAGUAAAAAUAAAAGUUCUUGUUACCCUGAAAA